CUCAGAGUAUCUCACGUGCGAGAGUAUUCGCUUCACACGGAAACCGAGAGGCCUCGCACGGGAGAUUGGCUUCGCGUGCCCGUUUCUUGAACCCCCGGCCGUGUCUGCCCCUCGAAAUCGUAGGAAGAAGGCCGAGAAGAAGCAGCAGCUGUGAGGAAGAAACAAACCCAGUUUUUCUGCUAUCUCCUCCUCCGUUUGAUCUUUCAUUAAACGUCUGGGAACAGACGGAAAUCUCAAGAUGAUGUCUCCGAGGCCGUCCAUCGCCGAUUCCCGAGCCGCUCCUUCCACUUCCAUCAGGCACACUCCAUUGCAAAUAAUACAUGUUAUUGGCAAUUUCAUGAGGAUCUGGUCGGUCUACUCCAUGUACAACUAUCUAUCCCAUCAAGGAGACUCAGUAAUAGCUUUUAUUUUCAGUUGUCUGGUACCAGCUUCUAUCAUCUUCCUGGUUCUGCAGAAGCCUUGGAAAGGGAGGCCCCUGCCCAAUUCACAGGUCGUGCCUACUGUAAUAAAUGGAGGAAUAAUGGCAUUAUACUAUAUAUUGUGGGGAAAAGGCCUUUCAUCAUGUGGCCCACUUAUUGCUAUAUUGGCAGAGUAUGCGGGAGCUGUCCUUGGAGUUUUAUCUGCAGUAUUGUAUGGACGGAGAGCUAAUAUUUGGAAAAAAGUGGGUGGAUUCAUUGCUAUGUUGGCAGCAUAUUAUUUCUUAUCAGAAGGAUGGGCGACAAGAACAAAUUCACCUUUCUAUAGCUUUGGUACAGAACCACUGGUACAGGAAAAGCAAAUUUUAGGAAUUAAAGAAAUAGCAGUGCCCAUCUCUGCUGGAAUCUUAUCAGCUUUGAGAAGGGUAAUUGCACGGCGUGUGUCACUCAAGAAUCAGCUUAAGAGGAGACUUCAUGCAAUUACUGUUGCUUCAGCUACCUGCUUUCUUUUCCCUCUAGCCAUGUGGGAUACGAUCCUGGGAUCAGCAACUGAUAGCAUUGCUAAGUUCCAGUUUCCAAGUUGGGCUUAUUUGAGUACAGUCCUCUUUGGGAUUAUUUUUAUAUUCUAUAUUGAUAAUGUUGCUGAGGAAAGAUUGCAUCUUGUUUUCUCUUCUCCAAGACAUUUAAUGAUUUCAGGAGGAUGCAUCAUUAUUAUGGAGAUAUUAUACAAAAUGGACUUCUCACUGUUAGGUUUUCUGAUUUGCUCCUCGAUUCUGGGAUUUGGUAUCUUUGAAGCAACUUCUCUGGAGCGCUCAAAAAGGGAUCAUUUAGAUCCUCAAGAUAUACCUGAUGGAACAUUUCAGAGUCAGUUGCAGAUGUCCCCACUUCCAAGCUGAUGACUCAACAUGAUGCACGUUUCUUGUAAUUAGAUCAAUGGGAAUGUGGAUGCAAAUUUGGUGCAUGAAAUUUUAUUUAUAGAAAGCACUUAGUUUAGAAACCCAUCUCUCCAAUACCUCAAACCUUUGCGGAAGAUAAAGCUCAGAGCGGUGUUUUUUUGUUUUUGUUUUUUUUUAAUUAUUAUGAAAAUUGUCUUUUCUUCUUCUCUAACUCAGUUUAAUUCGUUGAAGAUUUAUUACAGCAGUUGCUCUGAUAUGUAAACAAUCAACACGACAUGCCAUGGCUCAUCAUUACUUGCUAGGAUUUAUUUGAACACUUGUAUGUUAAAUCCUGCGCCAUUCAUGUAUUGCUGAAGAAGUCAACGUUGUAUUUACUGGCUGCUGAAUUGUUGCUGAUAUGGUCAAUGAGUUACGGUGAAGAUAUGUAGUUGUAUUUUUAAUGUUUCCUUUUAAACUGGAUUUAUAAACUUAACCUGCUUUAUUAGUAACAUCAAAUUGAAAAAUCUUCAUGAUUAUUAUA